AUGAUUUGGUCGCGGACUGAAUGGUAGUUGAAUUAGUUAGCAUUUUAGCUAACCCGAACCUUUGUUUUAACCUGCUACGGAAACUCAAUUCUGACAUAAACUGUACCCCAUCUAGUCAAAACAGGUUAGAACGGCAAUUUAUUUCAGCGUUUAUCAACGAAGCCUUCCUAUUUGUCCAUCUUGCUAUUGUUGCUGACAUGUAACCGAAACGAAAAAUUGUCAGACAGAAGAAUAUACGCUGUGCGGCUGAGUUGGGCUGAAUUUAUGAGCGAGCCUUGAUGCUUGUGAUGGAGGACGCUGCCACUCGGCUGGAGAGGGAGCAUGUGCACAGCGUCUAUGAGAAGAUUGCUCCCUAUUUUAACGACAGCCGCGACAAGGCCUGGCCCAAGGUGCGCCAGUUCCUACUGGAGCAUGAGCCUAGCAGUAUCAUCGCUGACGUGGGCUGUGGCAAUGGCAAGUACCUGCACGUCAAUGGCAGUGUGUUCAAGCUGGGCUGUGACGUGUCUCCCCCUUGUGGACUCAGCUCGGAGCCAGGGCCACGAGGUGCAGCUGUGUGACUGCCUCAGGCUGCCCUACAGGGACAGCUGCUUUUACGGCGUCCUUUCCAUCGCAGGUAGGCCUAUACUUCACUCAACAUGGGAGGUUAGUGGUCUAGCGGUUAGUGUGUCUAACCCCAGUUCAAUCAAAAUGGGUUUGAAUCCGGCAAACAGGCUUGCAUUCUAACUCGCACUCCUGCUACCAUUACUGUCUUAUUUUCACUGUCCCCCCACUCUCUCCUCGGGCGUAACCCUACAAUGUUUGCGUAUCAGAAGUGCCUGGAUAGGUGUUAUCAGUGUCUUUUUCCAAGUCGGUCCAUUAGACUAUUGUAUGUUCACUGAAGUUCUCAAAUUACAUUAUGCUAUAGAGACCUCUGAUUAUUCAUUGUUAAGGGUUUAUACCCAUUUUCCAUGACUUCUCCAUGACUUUUAACUACAUGUUUAUGACUAUUAUUAUAGCCUACAUGUAAGAGUAAGUAUUAUUGACACUGGAAGGCUACUGUGUCUGAUCCCAUGUAGGCCACCAUCUCUUGCAAUUGUGCCCUUGAUCAAGAACUGCACUGUUAGUCACAUGUUGUCAUCCCUCCAUCUGGAGAGCUCCUGGGUGUGCAGGCUUGGCUUUUGAUCCAAGUCUGCUCAUCAAGGUCCUGUUGAGCAGCUGAUGUUUAGGUUACAAUGUGGUAAGACCAGGGCUGGAACAAAAGCCUGCAAACCCAGUAGCUAUCCUGGAGGAUGGUUGCCACCCUUGAUAUAAAUAAAG